GGGCGCGGCCCAGAGCCGCGGUCAGGGAGCAGAGCCGCUUGUUCCCGGCCAGGGCGGGGACUCGGAGGCCGCUGUCUCCGCGGCCCCAAGCGCACCCCUUGGGCAGCGCCGCGGCAGCUUCUGCCACAGGCACAGCUUGGCCCGUCGGGAGGCCCUGGUGUCGGCCUGGCAGGGGCAGGCUUGUCCGAAUGGUACCCCGGCUGUGGAGUCACCACCGCUGUGGUGUGUGUGGUGUUCAGCCUAGGGCACCCAGGUCUUACUUCAAACCUUCAGAAACGUGUAGCGGGUUAUUAGCUUGCAAGUGGUAGGCGAGGUAUGCUGCCUGCAAGGGACGCAUCUGAGAAAGAAAUGAGUGGCUGUUUGAAGGUUGAGGUUAGGAACGCGGUUUCAGUUCUACAGUUGGCGGAUGAUCUGAGUAAACCCGAAGAUUUUGUUCUUUAUGACAAGCUGCAAUCUUUCCCGUGUUAGGGGGUGUUAAGUGAGAAUACAAACAUACGAGCCUGAGGGAAAUCCUGAGAAGGUGUUGCUGGUAGUCCAAGGGUUGCUGUGAGGUGAAGCAGGUGGGCCCAACAGAAUCAUAGAAUAGUUUGGGUUGGAAGGGACCUUCAAAGGUCAUCUAGUCCAACUCCCCUGCCAAGAGCAGGGACAUCUUCAACUAGAUCAGGUUGCUCAGGGCCCCAUCCAGCCUGGCCUGGAAUGUCCCCAGGGAUGGGGCAUCUACCACCUCUCUGGGCAACCUGGGCCAGCACUCCCUCACCCCUACUGCAAAAACUUACCCCUCACAUCCAGCCUGAAUAUCCCCUACCCCAGUUUAAAACCAUUAGCCCUUAUCCUAUCGCGACAGGCUCAGCCAAAAAGUUUGUCCCCAUCUCUCCUACAAUGCCCCAGGGUCAUACAGGUGUGUGCAUCUUAGUUCUGUUCAGGUUGCGUAUAGAAAUGAAAGGGAGAGGAACAAAAUGUGGCUGGGUUUUGAUGAACACAGGCUAAAUACAGCUUUAAAAAAAAGUACAGAAAAAGUAGCAAUAGUUGUGGCCAUCUGAAUGAAACACAGAACUGUAUGUGUAGAUGUUCAUCUAUUUUUCCUUCAAGGGGUUCUGCAAAAGAUGGAUUCCUGUACAAAAUCAAACACAGAUAGUACAGUUUCGGCAUGUUUAAGAUGUACCGUUGAAAACUCACGUUUUCAGUUCCUGCAAAUGGAACUAUUAUCUUCAUUUAAAAUACUUAAGAUUUUUAAAACCUGAAUACUCCUCCUCCUAAGUUUUGCACUGCCUCAUGCUAAAAAUAUGUAAAAUAGUUUAGAAUUGAAUAUUAUUAUUCUUCUCUCAGUACUCAAGAGAGUCUUGUGACAAAACAGUGUUUUAUCGUAUAGAAGGGAGGCUGCUAAAAGGGAGGGAGAGAAUUUCAAUAAAAGAAGUGAUGUAGAAAUAAAACUGUAAAAGUAUUCCAGGAUCGCUUAGAAGACAGAGUAUCAGCGUGUGCUGGUUACUUAGAUUUCAGGUCCCUUUGAAUCUAAACCAAAACUGCUGAAAGAUUCUGCAAUUAGAUUAUUUGAGUCAAAAUGUAUGUUCAGAGCUGGAUUUUGCAAGUUUCCCUUAGCGUUUGACUAGCAAGAGCUCUGCAAACAGACACUGGAAAAACUUCAACUUUCAGUUUGGGUUUGGCAUGUCAUUUGGCUUUUGCAGACUACUUAUCUGUUCACAUUUACUGUAAAUAAUGACUAGAAACCUAUCCUGCAAGCAGACUGUUGAAGUAACUUCUGGAAAGGUUUGUUUCCUUCUCUUUCCCCCACCCCCUUAAGACUUUUUGUCUUAUGGGAUUUGUUUGCAAUCUGCUAGCUGAAGCUCUGAGGCAAGUUUGCCAGAUCUGGGACUGCAUCGUCGUUCUGCACAUCUGGAAGUGGUUUAUGGGCUCUCAUUCCUCCAGUGCAGCGUCUGGACUCUGUGCUAUUCCUCAGCAGCAGAAAAAGAAAAGGAAACCAGCACAACUCCAAAGUAAACUCUGAAGACUUUGGAAAAGGAAUCGAGUCUUGAAACCAUUAUUGUGCCCUCUAAGGCCCUUGCGUGGGGGACUUCAAAGGAGGAUGAUGGUCAAUGAAGCUUUGGCAAGAGUGCUUACAGCUGUGGGUUAUCUAGGAUCCAAGUGAGUAGCUCUGCAGCUCUUCAGGAGAGAGGAGUCCCGAAUACUGUGCUGCUUUGAGAAGGUGACAGUUCUCAUCCAUCAGGACACAUGGCUCUUUUAAAGAAAAUUAACCAGAUCUUACUGUUUCUUCUUGUCUUAACUGUUUGUGCCAUUCUAUAUAACAAAGUUCACCAAGUGCCAUCUGCAUUAAAGAAUGAAACAGUUGAUUUGGAGAGUCCUGAGGAAAUAGAAGAAGAAAUCCCAGUUGUAAUCUGCGCUGCUGCGGGCAGAAUGGGUGCAACUGUAGCGGCAAUCAGUAGCAUCUACAGCAACACAGAGGCUGAUGUUUUGUUUUACAUAGUUGGGCUGAAGACUACUAUCCCGCAUAUUCGAAAAUGGAUUGAAAAUUCUAAACUGAAAGAAAUAAAAUUUAAGGUUGUAGAAUUCAACCCUAUGGUACUAAAAGGAAAAAUCAGACAAGAUGCAUCACGUCCUGAGCUACUGCAGCCUCUGAACUUUGUUCGAUUUUAUCUUCCUUUGCUUAUCCAGAAACAUGAGAAAGUAAUAUACUUGGAUGAUGAUAUCAUUGUUCAAGGUGACAUCCAGGAACUCUAUGAUACUAAGUUAGCUCCUGGACAUGCUGCAGCUUUUUCAGAUGAUUGUGAUUUGCCUUCUACACAUGAAAUGGUUAGAAGUGUAGGGAUGCAGAACACGUACAUGGGAUUCCUGGACUACAGAAAGCAAGCAAUUAGAGAUCUUGGCAUCAGCCCCAGCACCUGCUCCUUUAAUCCUGGAGUAAUUGUUGCUAACAUGACUGAAUGGAAACAUCAACGGAUUACAAAGCAGUUGGAAAAGUGGAUGCAAAGAAAUGUAGAGGAAAACCUCUACAGUAGCACCCUUGGCGGAGGUGUGGCAACCUCUCCAAUGCUGAUUGUAUUUCAUGGAAAGUAUUCCACUAUUAAUCCUAUGUGGCACAUAAGGCAUCUUGGCUGGAGUCCUGAUACCCGUUACUCAGAGCAUUUUCUUCAAGAAGCUAAAUUACUUCAUUGGAAUGGGAGAUACAAGCCUUGGGACUAUCCCAGUGUUCACACUGAUCUCUGGGAAAACUGGUUUAUUCCUGACCCUUCAGGGAGGUUCAAAUUAACUCGUCCUGAUAGCUGAUACAGAAAAUUGCAUGAAUACACUGUGUUUUGUGGUAUGCAAUAGUUUGAGAUGCAACAUGUUGUAUAGUUAACUGAUCUUAGAAAACGAAGUAUUUUUAAAAUAUAUGAGUAAAUGACUGUAAGUUUUGUGUGCUUAUGGCUGGAGAGGGAGGAUGGAGCGACAGUUACACAGUUCACAUAACUUUGAUGUAAGUUGAGGAAACAAGUUUACUUGACAAUGAAGUACUUUCAUUAAACAUUUACAGAGGUGCCA